AUAAUAGAAAUGUGUGCGAGUGUGAAUAAUUUCAAAAUAUUUUUAUUUUGUGAUAUUAUUUACAUGUUACAAUAAUGAGUCGAAAUUCGUAUUACUCCCAUUCAAGGGCAAGUUCCUCAAAGAGAAGAAGGUCACACUCCGAAGACCGCGGUCGGCAUAAACGAAGGAAUAUUAGUCCGACAUCAAAAUAUUCUCUAGCCCCUGAUGAAGAUUUCAGUUUUGAGCAUUAUAAACGUGAUUUAAAUAAAAUUAUUUUAUACAGCAGUGAAAGUAAUACUGUAGGUAACAGUUUGGAUGACUUCUGGGUGUUUCUAAAGAAAUAUGAAGCUACAUUGAGAAAAGCUGGCAAACCCAUAGUGGAUUACCAAAGUUAUGAAAAGUAUGAAGUAAACGACAUUGGAACUCCAAAAGAAUUUUCCAAAUUUCAUUGCAUAAACUUUACUACAAAAAUAAAAUAUGUUGAUACAGUUCAAGAUGAUAAACAAAGAAGGAAAUUAGAUAAAAAGUUAUUUGACGCGUUUAUGAAUAUAGUGUCGAUUUAUUUAGAUUUUAAGAAUAAGGAAAAGUUUGAGAAAUUGAAAAAGUUGAGACAGACACAGAGUGAGUUGCCAGUUGCUAAAUACAGAAAUGAAAUUACAGCUGCAGUGCAAAACGAGAGAGUAGUAAUAGUGGCCGGAGACACAGGGUGUGGUAAGUCCACUCAGGUGCCACAAUACCUACAUGACGCAGGUUUUCAAAAUAUUGCCUGCACUCAACCCAGAAGAAUAGCCUGUGUGUCAUUGUCAAAAAGAGUAGCAUUUGAAAUGUUGACUCAGUUUGAAAGCAAGGUCGGUUAUCAGAUCCGAUUUGAGAAAAGUAAGACUGCUGACACAAAGAUAUGCUUUAUCACUGAAGGAUUGUUACUACGACAGAUGUCUUCAGAAAACCUACCAAAUUAUGACGUCAUCAUUUUAGAUGAAAUCCAUGAGCGACAUUUGAUGGGGGACUUUCUAUUGGGAAUACUGAAAUGUCUGAUACAUAGUCGUACUGAUAUCAAACUCGUGCUUAUGUCUGCCACAAUCAAUAUUAAGUUGUUCGAAGACUAUUUCUCAAAAGAAAAAGCUGUUGUUAUACAAGUGCCAGGUAGAUUGUUUCCCAUAGAAUUAAAUUACAAGCCGAUAUUUAUUGAGGACAAACCGACAAGAGACGACCGGCUGGAUCCUCAACCCUAUGUUCAAAUUAUGCAAUUAAUUGACAACAAAUAUCCAAGCGACGAAAGAGGUGACAUGUUGAUAUUUAUGUCUGGAGUACAAGAGAUCACAGCUAUAUGUGACGCUGCCCAACAAUACGCUGAGAAGACUAAGAACUGGAUAGUAUUACCCCUUCAUAGUGGACUGUCUCUUGCUGAGCAAGACAAGGUGUUCGACUACCCUCCAGAAGGUGUAAGGAAGUGCAUUGUAUCUACCAACAUAGCAGAGACUUCGGUCACCAUUGAUGGUAUUAGAUUCGUUGUUGAUUCCGGAAAGGUAAAAGAAAUGAGCUACGAUUCAACAACAAAAAUGCAAAGAUUGAAAGAGUUUUGGAUUUCGCAGGCCAGUGCUGACCAAAGGAAAGGUCGCGCUGGACGUACAGGCCCGGGAGUAUGCUACCGGAUAUACUCAGAGAAGCAGUUCGAAGAUUUGGAACCGUUCAGCACUCCUGAAGUGUCGCGAGUGCCUCUAGCGUCUCUCCUCUUGCUGAUGAGUUCUCUAGGAGUGAAUGAUGUUAGGAGGUUCCCGUUCCUAGAUGCCCCGCCUGAGGAUGGCGUUGAAAAUGCUCUGCUUGAGCUGAAACAACAUGGUGCCCUAACCUACAACGAGAAGCUAACAUCUCUCGGUCGCGUAUUAGCCAACUUACCAGUGGAGGUGUCGCUAGCUAAAGCGAUAGUGAUUGGCGCCGCAACUCUGCCACCGCAUAAGAGGGACUCCGCUCUCGCCCUGGCGGCCGCUUUGGGCAUACGCUCCAUUUACACAACCCGAGCGCAUAGGGAUUUUGACUGUGAGAACGCAAGAAAACCUGAUGAAUCUGACCAUGGAGAUCCUCUAACACUGCUGUCUUUAUACUGCGGCUGGCUGGCAGUGAAGGCUGAAGGUGGCGGCGGCCGCGCGUGGUGUCGCCGCCGCGCUCUCGAGGACCAGAGGCUCUAUGAACUCACCAAGCUGCAAGCACAACUCACUAAUUUACUACAGGAUAACAACUUAAUGGAGACUAUGGAACCGGAGACUAUGUCGUCAGCUGAGCGAGCCAUGAGACACGGACAACUCAAACAGCUGAAAGACAUGAGAAGACAAUACAAACAAAAAGCGGCAGAAGAUUCGAAACGGAAGAAGCGCCUUAAGGUAGAUUCCUAUGAGAUAGUAGAUGAAAAGGACGAGGAAGAUGGCGCCUUGGACAUCCGAGACAUUGAGUUCCGAAUGACGAACGACGCUAAGAGGAUUCAGGCGUUGAUAUCAGGGGCUAGUACCAGUAGUGGACGGGACCUUAUUAUGUUGAAGAUUGUUCUCUGCAGAGCGUUGUACCCACAAAUAGCUGUUGCGGAUGAAUUUAAUCAUUUUAAGUCAGGUGCAGACCAACUAUAUCACACAUGGAGCAAGCCAUUCGUGUACCUACACCCGACUUCGUACUUCGGUAAAAACCCUCGCGUCUUACAACUGACUGAAGGGGACAUACAAACUGACGCGCCGCUUGGCUUCAAGAGUAAAUUGCCCUUGUCUGCCAAACACCAGAUAUUGUGUUACCUGUCUUUACUGGAGACAACAAAGCCGUACAUAGUCAAUUCUAUGAGGAUGCCUGCUGCGCAAACGUUGCUACUUCUAGCGCAUACUAUAGACACCAAUAUUGGCUUCACAAGAAUUGUAUGUGACUCGUGGUUGUUACUAGAAUUCCCUUAUCCUGAAUCCGGUCUAAACCUGUUGUUAAAAGCCGUCAAGCUACGACAAAGAUGGGAUGCUCUCAUCAAUAGACGACUUAAUGAUGCCAACCCCAACAAGUCGGUCGAAGCAGAACUACAAAAGAACCAGCCGAGAGAAUCGUAUGAGGAGUUGCAACACGACUUAUCCUGCGAUAUCAGCGCCUACAUGUCUGCUGAAGUUUACUACACUAUCAAACGGCUCCUACCCGGUGAUUUGAAGGUGUUAUAUUAUGGAGCAGACGAAACUCAUCCAAGCAUAGAUCCGAAUCCAUUUGAAGAGAAAUUCGAAUGUCGACCACACGAUAAGAAAGGCGGCGUUUAUGUGACUGACAAUGUAGUUUACAAUUGCGUGGUUGAUACAGAUUGGAGCUACAACAGCUAUCAGGAAACCUACGCGUUACCAUGGACAUGCCCGGACUGCGGCAUAUCCCUAUGUUUCUCACCUCUAGAACGCCUUCAACACAAACAGUUUACCUGCUCUAACAGAACAGAGAAGAAAGAGACAGAAACACCGAAACCCGUAAAGGAUAAUAGACCAAAUGCUAAAGAGUAUAAGUGUGAAACUUGUAAAGAGACCUUAUACAUGACGCCUGUAGAAAUUUUGAGGCAUAAAAAGAGUUGUAUGGUGAAAUAAAAUUGCUAUUACUGUCGGGCAGAGGCACAUCUAAUCAGGAAGCAACUUGCAGCUCGAGAAACGUUACAAAAUUCUAAUAAAUAUUAUGAACCUUACAGCAGUGACUUAUAAAAUAAAAG